AAUUGCGUGCAUGUUUGAGCUGCAGAAGCUCGCUCUCGUAAACAAAGCGCGAAAAUGGCAGCAGUGCACGUUGUCACACCUUUAGCAGAAUGGUCGUUGAACAAUGCAGCUGACCACUUGUCCGGCCUCACGGCAGUAUUAAGUAGAAAUCAUGGCAAACUUCGACGUUAUACCAAACUUGACGAGAAGUUGCGGCAAUUGGAUUUGUGCGUGAUUGCAUUUUGGUUCACGUACGCGAAUCGUAGUCACACCGACGAGGGGCUAUCCAACGGAGUUUCACCAAAAAACAUGGGCGUCGUCAGUUUGUCGCUCGAAAGCCCUCCAAAGCCUACACUACCUGCACAAGCGCCAAAUACACGUGCACACUGCUCCGAUACGACCAAGCAACAACAACAGCAUCCGUUCGCUACAAAAUCCUGAUCGACAUACGUUAAACUUGAAGUUUAGCCCCGAAAAAUCGCGUUUU